UCCAUGAUGUUUGCCCAGUCCACGCGGAAGUACACGAGCUCCGUGCUGCUGAUCGUGCUGCUGUGCUGCAUUCUUCCUCCUCCGGCACAAGCCAGCAAGAGCUCGGAGGACAUCCGCUGCAAGUGCAUCUGUCCCCCGUACCGGAACAUCAGCGGGCACAUUUACAACAAGAAUGUGUCGCAGAAGGACUGCAACUGCCUGCAUGUCGUGGAGCCAAUGCCAGUGCCAGGGAAUGACGUGGAGGCCUACUGCCUGCUGUGUGAGUGCAAGUAUGAGGAACGCAGCACCACCACCAUCAAGGUGAUCAUCAUCAUUUACUUGUCUGUGGUGGGGGCACUGCUGCUUUACAUGGCCUUCCUUGUGCUGGUGGACCCUCUGAUCCGGAAGCCAGAUGCUUACACGCAGCCGCUGCACAAUGAGGAGGAGAACGAGGAUGCUCGUUCCUUGGCCGCAGCCCCCACCCCAUCCAGCGCUAGAGCCAACUCAGUGCUGGAGAGGGUGGAGGGGGCCCAGCAGCGCUGGAAGCGCCAGGUGCAGGAGCAGAGGAAGACAGUUUUUGACCGCCACAAGAUGCUGAGCUAG